AUGCCAAUUGAACGUGGCACAAUUCUCUUGGGAGUACAUGUUGCGCCAUCUCAUGCUUCAGAAAUAUUUACAUUCAUUAAUCAAUUUCGUCUAAUUGGCAUAGCUACUGUACGAUUAAAAAUAGGUGGUAAACGUUUUGAAAUUAUCUGUUGUCGAAAUAAAGCUGUUUCACGUAGAAAUAAAGAAGAAAAAGAUCUUGAUGAAGUACUUCAAGAUUCAUACUGUUUUUUAUAA